AAAAGAAAAUGAACGAAAAUCUCAAGUCAAAAGGGGUCAAGCUCAUGCCUUUGUUGUGAACUUGUGAGAAAUGCUCUGAAAACGGAAAAUCAGCUUCCCAAAACCCUUCCACUGGCUGUGGCCGUGGGCUAUUCGUUUCCAAGGUUCCAAUGUCGACGAAGAAGCUCCACCACAACUGCGACCUCCCUGAAGAAAUUAUAGUCCAAAUUUUGUGCCGGUUGCCAAUAAAACCUCUGAUUCGAUUCAGUUCCGUUUCGGAACGGUGGCGUUCUCUCAUAACAGCCGACCCACAGUUUGCCCAAUCCCACUUCAAGCUAGCCUCCGAUCGCAAAACCCUCACCCAGAGACUCCUCAUCUCCACCAACUAUGAACUCCGAUCCUUGGACCCGGAAACACCGUCGUUCGCAGACAACGAUUCUUCGCUCAGUAAUAUCACCUUCCACACCUAUAGCAACCUACUGGGCUCCUGUAAUGGUUUGGUAUUUGUAGAUGUUGAUGGUUAUGAAAAUCAUAGCUUGUCUCUCUGGAACCCGUCAACCAGAUUUGAUCGCGAAUUGCCUGACCCAUAUUUUGUGUCUGUGGCGAAUACAGAAGACGUUAGAUCUGAAUUUGACCGUACUGGCCUGGGUUAUGUGUCAUCCACUGACGACUACAAAAUUUUCAUAGAUGCUUAUGUUUAUUCUACACCUUUCCAGAAAUUUAUGGAGAUUUUCUCAUCCAAAUUGAACUCUUGGAAACGCAUUCAAGUCCGUGGGAACGACCCACCGUGCUCUUUCAGAAGCCCCACCAACACUAGCUUGGGGGCCCUUACAAAUGAAGCACUGCAUUGGUUCUACCCCAAAGUCGGUGAGGAGGAGCCAACGAUCCUUGCUUUUGAUCUGGCAAAGGAGGAAUUCAGGGAAGUUCCAUUCCCCACUUUUGAUGGUGAUGCCGAUGACAUUGAUGUUAAUCAGAUGGGGGUUCAAGUAGUUUCAAGAGGAGGAGCAGGAGAAUGCCUGUGUGUUUCGAUUACUAGGAGACGUGGUGGUGUUAAUUUGAUGGAAUUCUGGGUUAUGAGAGAAUAUGGGGUGCGUGAAUCUUGGAAUGUGCUCUUUAAAUUUAACACGAAUGAUGUAUCUAAAUCGUUGGGUGGGAAUUUGCUCGGUUAUGAAGCCUGUUUCGUUACUGAAGGUGGUACAGUUAUAUUCAGGCUGAGGUGGGAUAGGGACAUAGUGGUGAGGAUUGAAUGCCACGGAGAAGCGGAGCCGGUUUGCAGUACCCCAUUUAACGUUAAUGAUGGGGAUGGGGCAGUGUAUGACGUGAUUAAAUACAAUGAGACUCUGCUUUCAGUACCUAACUAACCAUGGAGAGGACUCUGGCCAUUGAUGAUGAAAAUAUUCCCAAUUCAUGUGAUGUGAGCACAGAAGAAGGUGGCAAAUAAGAGAGAGUGGGAACUUUGAGUAAGGCUCAAGUUCUUCAUCCUGUAGGGAAAAAACAGAGUUGCCUUGUUCUGCAAGGGUGGUGGAUGGAGGACAUAUUAGGAUGAAAUAGAAGGUGAUUGUGUUAAUAAACAACAGCCUGGUUUGAAAAUUUAGUCUGAACAAAUGUUCUCUGAUAUAGUAUGGUGUGUCUGCUUGUUUCAGUAUCAUAUGUACUCUGCUCAGUAUAAAUCCUUUAUUUUUGUUCCA